AAUAGGUACCUGGGUGUUAGUCAGCUGUCACGGGCUGCUUCCUGGGGGUGGAGGCCUGGUCGAGGACCGGGCCGCGGGGACACUAAAGCCCCGAAAUCAUCUCAAGAUAACCUCAAGAAGAUACUCAUUCAUUCAAAUAAGGAUUGCAUUUUCAUCUUCACACGAGACCUCAUGUUGCUCUCCUGUUGCAUCUGCUAAACAGUUCCUGAUCAAUACGCUUUAGGAUCAUUUAAUAGGGUUUCGAACGACCUGCCAAUUCAACCAAUCAAGAGGCAGCGUUAGGCCUGAGAGGACGACAUUGUUCCAUCAUGGUUGUGAGGGCUUCAGGGCGCUCUGGGGUCCUUGUCUGCUUAGUACUGCUGACGGCGGGGCCGACAGCUGCUGACCUCAGUUUGCUGACCUCUGAGGAAGGCUUCGUCGUCAGCGUCGACGGCACUGAGCUGUUCAACCACACGUCAGAGGACCCCAUCAUCUGGGUCGGGUAUGGCCACACAAACUUCACCGAGCACCAGGGGAACUUCAAGGUGGAGGAGGACCUUCUGCUCAAGUUACCCCUUCAGAACUUCCAAGUAAUAUCCAAUACCCCAGAUAGGAUCGAACUCGUCUUGCAGUCGGCUGAGGACGCAGCCUUAACGGUUGACUUCAGUCUGACGAAGGGCUCCGAGACGGAAGAGUACUCAGUCGUGAGGCUCAGCGCUCAGGCCGUCUACCCCAGCGAUAGUCUCUAUAACCGCUUGUGGGUGAGGUUGUCUACUGACGAAGAGGAACGGGUGUGGGGAGCAGGGGAGCAGUACUCUUACCUCAACCUGAGGGGUCAUUACUUCCCCAUCUGGACCACAGAGCAAGGAGUGGGACGAGACGGUAUUAUCGCCAACAUUUCUGACCUAGACGGUGGUGCAGGAGGCCACUACUACACUACUUACUACCCUCAGGCAUCCUUCUUAUCCUCCAAGAGGUACUCCAUGCUCAUCCAAGACCACAGGUACCUCGUCCUCGACUUCACGGACCCGACGCGGCACGAGGUAUUCCUUCACAGCGACCGGCUGGAGGCGUCGACGGUGUGGGGGUCAAGCCUUUUGGGCACGGUCCAGGCGGUGACCACCAUCCUUGGCACUCAACCUCCCCUCCCAGAGUGGAUCAUCAAUGGUGCCUGCCUUGGUCUCCAGCAUGGCACCCAGCAGAUGCUGUACUACUAUGACAUGGCCAAAUCUGCCGGAGUGGUGGUGAGUGCCCUGUGGGUCCAGGACUGGUCAGGGACCACAGAGACCGCCUUCGGUCACCGCGUGUACUGGAACUGGCGCUGGAAUCAAACUUAUUAUCCAGAUCUGGACUUGACCAUCCAGACUCUCCUGGAAGAUGGUGUACGGGUGAUGACUUACAUCAACCCGCAUCUGAUUGAGGGCAGCGAUAUGUUCCAGGAGGCGGCUACUCUUGGUUAUCUUAUGAUGGACGGUGCUGGGGACCCCUACAGGCAAGACUUUGGGGGGUUCCUGGCGGGUACUGUGGACCUCCUGAACCCCGAGGCCAAGGCUUGGUAUAGAGACGAGAUGGUGAAGAACAUGGUGGACCUCGGCCUGGCCGGCUGGAUGGCCGACUUCGGAGAGUACACCAGACCGGAUAUGUUCUCCGCCAACCCGGCCCAUGACCUGGAGGCCAGACACAACCUCCUGCCGGUGGAGUGGGCCAGCUGCAACAGGGAAGUGCUUGAGGCAUCCGGCCAGCUGGGGCAGGUGGUUCCGUUCAUGCGGUCCGGAGGACUAGGGGCUUCAGGAUACCAGGUGCUGGCUUGGGCGGGCGACCAGAACGUCGACUGGUCUCUGGGUGACGGUGUGGCCACCACCAUCGUUGCUGCGCUGAGCUUGGCGCUGAGCGGGAUGGGGGUCACCCACUUCGAUAUCGGAGGGUACACAGCCAUGCCUCCAGUCCUCGAGCGCAGUAAGGAGCUGUUUCUUAGGUCGGCCGAGUACGCUGUCUUCACGCCCGUGAUGAGGACCCAUGAAGGGAACAAACCUGAGGCCAAUCACCAGUUCUAUUCUGAUGAAGACACACUUAAGCAAUUCGCUCGUUUGUCGCAGAUACACUCCAAGCUUCUUCCCUACACCCGAGAGCUUCUUCAAGAGCUCUACACAACCGGCACGCCAGUCCAGCGACCUCUCUUCCUGGACUUCGAAGGGGACUCAGGGUCCUGGGAUAUCCAGUACCAGUACUUGUAUGGGCCUGACCUGCUCGUGGCCCCAGUUAUUCACAAGAACCAGGAGACGCAGACGGUGUACCUACCUGGAGGAGAGACAGGCUGGACAUACCUAUGGGGAACUGAGACGGUACAGGGCCCUGUUACCGUCACAAUACCGUCCCCUCUUGGCUACCCAGCCGUCUAUUAUAGACAGAACUCCUCCUGGAUCUCACUCUUCCAAGAGAUCAAUCAAGAGUUUGGUCUUGAGAGCAAGAGGCGGUUGACCGAGUGAUAGCAACCCGGUUUUGGGGCUUUUCAUCGGGUUUUUGUAAUCGUAGAGGAUGCGGGCAGCUGACUAAAUAGAAACCGCUAUAUCAUUCUGCCUUCGCCUGUCUCUUUUCAGCCAUGGGGGGAGGGGGGAGUUCUAAAUUAAACUGUCAUUUAGUACAUA